CCUGGACAGCUAGAGAAAGACUGAGGGCUGGAAUAUAUGCAUGUUUACUAUCUGGAGCUGCUAUUGACUGAUGCUUCCUGCUGGAACUCCUCUCUUGACUGUGUGUUGGAUUUAUUGAGAAACUUUGACUGCAGGAGUUGAGGAAAAAGAGUUGGUUUUGAUAACAGGUUGUCACAUCUUGUCAGAAUGAGGUCCCUGGCCUUCGGCCUCUUCUGCCUGUUGUGCUGUAACGCAGUUCGACUGGACAGACGGCGUCUCAGACCCAUCGCGGCCAGAGGUCGAAAUGAGACUGCUGUCCAAACCAAACCAGUGGAGAGCACCUGCAAAGCAAUCCCGCUGGAUUUCGUCUUUGUCAUCGACAGCUCCCGAAGCAUCCGCCCCAACGACUACGAGAAGGUCAAGACCUUCAUCGUCAACCUGCUUCAGUUCCUCAAGGUCGGCUCCGAUGCCACGCGGGUCGGCCUGCUGCAGUAUGGCAGCGUGGUCCAGCCCGAGUUCUCCCUCAACACCUACACCACCAAGGCUGAGGUGGAGCAGGCGGUGAGGAACAUGGAGCACCUCGCCUCAGGAACAAUGACCGGUCUGGCCAUCCAGUACACCAUGGAGACGGCCUUCACAGAGGAGGAGGGAGCACGACCAGCGGACCUGCUCAUCCCACGAAUCGCCAUGGUUGUGACUGACGGGCGGCCUCAGGACACGGUGGAGGAGAUCGCGGCUCAGGCGAGGCAGGCCGGCAUCCAGAUCUUUGCUAUCGGAGUGGGCAGGGUGGAUAUGAACACUCUGAAAUCCAUCGGGAGCGAGCCGCACUCUGAGCAUGUGCACCUGGUGGCCAACUUUAGCCAGAUAGAAUCCCUCAUCUCUGUGUUCCAGUCCAAACUGUGUGGAGGUUCAGAGAUGUGUGAGGUGGUGGACCACCAGUGCCAGCACAUCUGUGUGAGCAGCCCUGCCUCAUACAGAUGCAAGUGCAGGAAGGGCUUCACUCUCAACCCCGACGGCAAGACAUGUAAAGAGAUUGACCACUGUGCUGAUGGCACCCACGGGUGUGAACAGGAGUUUAUGAGCACAGAAGACUCUUGUGUGUGUAAAUGCAGUAAAGGCUACACCCUCAGACCUAAUGGCAAAACAUGCAAGAAGAUUGAUCACUGUGCUGAUGGCACCCACGGGUGUGAACAGGAGUUUAUGAAUACAGAAGACGCUUGCGAGUGUAAAUGCAGAAAAGGCUACACACUCAGACCUGAUGGGAAGACAUGCAAAAACAUGGACCAUUGUGCUGAUGGGAAACACGGCUGUGAACAGGAGUUUGUGAAUACUGAAGAUUCAUGUGUGUGUAAAUGCAGAAAAGGCUACACACUCCGACGUGAUGGCAAAACAUGCAAAAACAUGGACCAUUGUGCUGAUGGGAAACACGGCUGUGAACAGGAGUUUGUGAAUACAGACAAUUCAUGUGUGUGUAAAUGCAGAAGAGGCUACACACUCAGACCUGAUGGAAAAACAUGUCAAAGUCUGGAUCUGUGUCAGACAGUGGACCACGGCUGUGAACACCAGUGCGUGAGCACCACUGAUUCCUACAUCUGCAGAUGUUUUGAAGGAUUUAUGUUGGCUGAAGACGGGAAGAGCUGCAAGAAGUCCGAUUGUGGCGAUGGAGUCAUGGAUUUGGUUUUCGUAAUUGAUGGCUCUAAGAGUCUGGGCCCUGCCAAAUUUGAACUGGUCAAGCAGUUUGUGAACGGAAUUGUGGACUCGCUGGACAUUUCCAGGACGGGCACGCAUGUUGGCCUCAUCCAGUACUCCACCAAGGUGCGCACAGAGUUCACCCUGGGCCAGUACAGCACAGCGCAGAGCAUCAAACAAGGGGUGUCCCGGAUGCAGUACAUGGGGAGAGGCUCCAUGACCGGCUCAGCCUUACGUCACAUGUUUGAGUUCAGCUUCUCGGCUAAAGAAGGAGCCAGGCCGAACAUCCCGCGUGUCAGCAUUGUGUUUACUGACGGGAGAUCACAGGAUGAUGUAGCCGAAUGGGCUGAUAAAGCAAAGAACUCUGGGGUCACAAUAUACGCCUUGGGUGUUGGCAAAGCCAUUGAACAGGAGCUGAGAGAAAUAGCUUCAGAGCCCGAUGAGAAGCACUUUUAUUACGCUGAAGACAUUGAGAAAAUGGGAGAAAUUACAAAGAAGCUCAAGUCCAGGAUAUGUAAAGACAAACCCUCCGGUGAAAACAUGUGCCAGUGUGAGAACAUGAUAAUGUUUCAAAACCAGGUCACCGAGAAGCUGAAGAACCUGGAGCAGAAUAUUGAAGCCAUGUCAAAGAAGCUGGAGACACUCGAGAAUCAAGUUGUGCGCAAAUGAGACUCCUGAGACACCCUCACCCGCCUCCUAACCUGCAGUGUGGCAUUCACAGGAUCCCUUUAAUCGUGCUCUACAAGCUACACUAAAACAUAUGCAAAUUAAAUGCUUUCUACUGAAACUACAGUAUUUAUACACCUUUUUUUUGUAUACAACACAAUGUAUUUAUGCCAAAUCAAAUGAAUAACUUUGUACAGUAAACUGACAAAUAAACAUUUUACACUUCA